CAUACAUAUGAGGAAGUUCCAUAGAGUUCCAACGAGCUGGAGCAGACACUGUACAUUGCCCUCCAUCUCUGUGCAGUCUGGUCUCUCCAGUCGGUGAAGAUGUAGCUUGUUUGAUCUCCAUGGAAAUGUCUCCAAACACAGUCUCCUCUGCCCUGUUGCUGUGGUCUCUGUGGUUGCUCCUCUCCCUUGCCCCUAUCAUCCAGACGACACUGUCCGCCCCCGCAUCCGGACCCUCCUUGCUGCUCAAUACCACACUGCUCUUCAACAGUGGAGCCCCAGGCUGUAAGUUGCAGAACUGCAGCUGCUCCACACCCGUGCAGGACUGUGACGAGGCUCUAGCCAUGCUGCUGUGCAAAUGCCACACUGUUUUGCGCUCCACUUUGCCCCGUACUGGACUCAGAUAUCCUGGACACCUCGUCGUGUGGGUGAAGGAUCUCUGGGUCCUGGAGGAGCUGCUGAACGGAAGCAUGGUCAGCCAUUUACACUUGUCUUUUUGUGGAAUGAAACCAUUGGACAGUCGAUAUCUGGCUUUGCUAGGUCUACAGACCCUCAGGGUCCACAGUGCAGCACCAGGAGUGCCUUACCCCAAUCAGGAAAUGAAUAUCCUUUCUGCAGGUGUUGCAGUGGAGUUAGAGGCCCGGUCCUUUGACUUCUCCUACUUCAGUGUCACCAUCAUGGAUGUAGCAGUGCUCAAUGGGCUCUCCAGCAUAAAGGCUUACAGUGUUAUAGGACCACCUGCUUCAGUUUUCUCCCAGCACUUUCCCCACCUAACCAUUCCCCUGUCUCUUCUAUCCCCUUCUACACCUGCUGACCACAGUGAGCAGCCUGCAAAGCCUCUGCACAACCUGCUCAUUACAUUUGUUUAUUGACUAUCCACAGUCAGGUCUGUAGGACAAGUGAGAACUGACACACAUGGAUCUGAUAUGACACUGGGCGGGCUAUUUCUGGUAUUUCUUCUGUGGAGUUUACUGUAUGACUGGCUGCUAUGGUCUCAUUCUGUGGCUCAAUGCUGCAUAUUCAUUCGUUCAGUCAUUCAUUCAGUCAUUCAUUGUCUACUUUUGUCUUUAUCGUCCACAUGCAUUACACAUGGACACGACCAACCAUUCACUCUCACAUUCACACCUGAAAUGUUCAAUAUCAGACCGUGACAAAGGUAAAGUUGGUUUACCAAUGAGAAAAGUCACAAUCACUGUGAGUUAAUCUGCUACUGUAUAAGACUAUGCUUAGCUUGUGCUUAAUUUGCAUAAAUAUUUUUGAUAAUUUUGUUCAUAUGUAAAACAGUAUGGUACAAGCCCAUACAGUAUAGCUAUAAAUUAGCUCCUCGUAGCUGCUUAAAGGUACAGUAGACAGUUUUUGAUAAAUAAUUCAGUCAAACCUUUUAUUUCAAUGUCAACUAGGGCUGUCAUAAUAUACAUAUAAAUCAAAUACAAAAGACAAUUUCAACAAAUUUACACUCAGUUAAAAUAGGACAUGGGUGGCAAAGUUAAAACAAAAUAAUUUAAGUUAGCAAGUUACUGCAUGUCAAUGUGUCUUCAUGUAUUGCUAACUUCAGUUUGAAUUAAGUUAAUGAAUUAACAUUUCAAGUAUUUGUACGUUAUGCUUUCAGUGUACAGUGUAGAGGGUAAAUGAGCUGUCCCAUACAUGAGCAUGCAUACAUGAAUGAAUCAAACUGUAAGAUUCCACUUUCUUUUAGCAGUGGUGACAUUAUGUUUUUGUAUGAUGAGUAUUAGGGCCAUACUGAAGAGGAAAACAAGUUAUUUAAGCGUUCAAGAAUAAAGUUUUCAUAUUAUGAAAAAAGUCAUAAUAUUGCAACUCCACCCACAUGACGUGAUGGCCGGAGUGGUCUAAGGUGACUCAAUGGUCUACCUUCCUCAUCAAAGGUACUUCUGGUUUCUGAAUGGAGGUGUGGCUUCAAAUCCCACUUCUGACAAUUCCCCCAGUUAUCAAUAAAUUCUGGUUUUGAACCAGUGCUGAUGCUGUGGGGACCCCAAUCUGUUUAAAAACCAAGUCCCCAUAAUGAAAAUGAUUUCAUCUUUAAGUGAAAUUGAAUUUUCCAUUGGUGAGGUAUACAGCCAUUUCUUCUAAACUGGUUUAGCUUUGUGGAAAGGACAACAUUUUUACUGCAUAAUCUAAAAAAAAAACAUGGCAGACAUGUUCUUCCUAAAUUUUAAGAUUGUAUCUCAUUAUUUUGACUUAGCAUCUCAUAACUAGGAGAUAACAUCUCAAAAUUAUGACUUAGUAUUUCAUUAUGAUGAACAUCCAUUUCCACCACUUGGAAAAAAGGCAAACCCAAGUUAUAAUAUGUCAUAUUAUACAUCUCAUAUUUUGAGAUGCUAAGUCAUUAUUUUGAGAUAAUGUCUCACAAUUAUGAGAAG